UAAAUGAAAACUAGCAUGACGAAUGGUUUGCUUCGAAUAUCUGAUAUUCUGUUAAUUAUAAUGCAUUUUAUAACUGAAUCAUGCUUCUCGUUUUAGCUAGACGUACGAAGAAGUAAGACUAGCGAACCUAAGGAGAGAAUAAGGCGACUAAGUGGCCGUCAGUCGUGCGGUUUCGCGAAUAAAGGAAAUGUUCGUGCACGAAACGCGUCCGCAAAUUUAUCUCGUCAAUUAGAGAUGAUCGUCGAUACUGACGUGAUGUGUAAUAGUUAACGUCACCGGAGGUUCGCGAUACGUGACGCAUUAUUCCUUUGACGUGCGGAUGGAAGACGAAGAGGAGACCGAGUGAUGGAAUUCUCAGAGUGAAGGCACGAAAGAUGGAUCCGUUAAAUCGUAAUUCUCCUAACUUCUUGAGAAAACGAAUCUGUUCUUUUAAUAUAUAUUUCUUCGUUAACACUCAAAGCUAAGUUCGGCAGACGAGAGCUCUCUCUGUCUCUGUCCGAAACUUGAUAUUUCUCUGAUAUGAAGAUUCUCCGCAACAAAUGCGAAUUUUCUCAGGCCAGUGUAAACGAGCAAUGUCCACGAACGUUAUUAGCAAAUAGAGAUCGACAUCGUCAAGACCGUUGCGACCGAGACGCGUUAUAAAUUCUCUUCUCACGCGUUAUAAAUCAUAUUUAUGGACUUGCAAUAACGCAGAAAGAGGAUCAAGACGAAUCGAACGCAUCUGUCUUCCGAUCACUCGCUGACUGUCGCCGUUUUUCAUUCUACUGCGUCACGCGGCUAUGUUUUGUACGUCAAUUUGCGACAUUGCGAAUCAAAUAUGGAAUAUCAUGCGACUCUUCAGCUUAAAACGGACUCGCCUUGUUGCAUAACAAUUAAUUUAACAACUUUUAAUUCAAUUCUUGCCUAACGUAUUGAACGUCGAUAUUUGAUCGUUCUUGUUUAAUUUAGUUCGAUAUUUUCUUCUUGGAGGACUCAUUGACUCUCAGUUUUACAAUAAGCGGCACGAGUUCUCAUAUGACCUCAUAUGACUUUCCGCUAAUUCUGAAAUACUUUGUGUCGUUCAGAGCUUGUGUGCACUUAUGCAAAUUUCUAUGCCAUGCGUUCGAACCGGCGACGAGUCACACGAUCGGACGAGUGGUGUAAAAUUGAAAGAGACACGCGCGGCGUUGUUUCACGCCGUAAAUUAUCCAUGCGAAUACAAAAAUUGAUCGCUAUUACGAUCCACGUGGAUCGUUAUUGCGAUCCGGCAAUGGCGAUAGGAUAUAUGGUGUUCACCGAGCUGGAGACCGAACGUAUUGUGCAACCAGCAUUGUUGAGGGAAAGGUCUUGGUAGUUUGACGUGCGACGGUGCACCAGCUAGAUUUCAUCUCUAAUAAUUGCGAGUUUGACGGGCUGCUACGUUUUCUGUUUUUUGAGUCACCGAAUUGUUGAUCGUGAAGUUAAAAAUCUAAUCAGUCGAAUGGUUUAUGACAAGAAAGGUUUCCUGGGCACCUAGCAGCGAGACGCAACCGCGAUGACGACGCAACGCCUAGAUCGUUAAGAAGGCUUCUGAUGGAUCGGAGAUAUCGGGCUCUGCGGUGAUAACAUCGCCCUCGUGAGAGCUCGUCAUAAUCGAUACGACGACGAUCGCCGCUUAAGAAGCCGUAAAAGGGAGCCACUCUUCGCGGGGAAGAGUUAGUGUGCUUGUGGCGAGCGAGCCAGGAAGCUCACUCGAUCAGCCGUUUAGCUUCACCACCAGGGAUCAUGUGGAGAAUGCGUGUCCGCGGCACAUUCGCUACUUCAACAGGAACUUCCUGACGGAGGAGUUUUUUUGUUUAUCUGGAGAUAUCUCCUUGUCUGGUCCAAGGAUCUCUCUGUUAUCUCCUUGUCACAUCCGUCGGAUUUCAGCAUUUCGCCGAUAGUGUUCGAGAAUGUCCAAGAAGCAAUGGCUUGCCCUACUGUUAUUGUUCCUCACGUACUUGACACUGGGCGCUACCAUCUUCUAUUUUAUCGAGAACUACUACGAGAAGCAGAAGAUCGAGAGGGAAAGAGAUGAACGCAUUAUGAUCAGCAACUUAUUGCAUCAUCACUAUGUACCCAGUACCGAACACAACGAGUCCGAGAUUCUGCAGAAGAUCACCAAGUACUGCGGCAAGUCAGUCUAUAAUUACACCGAGGGCGAAGAUCGUUUGCAAUGGGACUUUUACAACAGCUUUUACUUCGCUUACACGGUCGUUAGCACCAUCGGAUAUGGCAAUUUGGCUCCUACAAACACUCUCAGUCGCAUUCUGAUGAUCUUCUACGCCCUCGUAGGCAUCCCGAUGAACGGGAUCCUGUUGACGCAGUUGGGUGAAUUUUUCAGCCGCGUGUUUAUCAGGACCUAUCAGAAAUACAAAUCCUAUAAGCAACGUCAGUCGUCCUGCGAUUAUCCCACCAAGAAGUCGAUACCACCCGAGACGCGUAAGACAAUGAGAAUGGCAGCCCAGAUCUUUCUGUACCUGACGCCCGGCUUCAUUGUCUUCAUCUUCUUCCCGGCAAUUCUGUUCUCGCAUUAUGAGGACUGGUCUUACGAUCAAUCGGUCUAUUACGCCUUUGUCACCCUCACGACCAUUGGUUUUGGCGAUCUUGUCGCGGGCCAAGACAAUACGAAAGGAAGCGGUCCAUUGUUCAUCAUGUACAAGAUAUUCUUAAUAUGCUGGAUUUCCUUCGGACUGGGCUACAUUGUCAUGAUAAUGACAUUCAUCGCUCGUGGUAUGCGCAGCAAAAAGAUCACGAGGCUUGAGCACAAACUGGCUAUGAAUCUCAAGCUUACGCAGAGCAAGAUUUGGAACGAGUUUAAUAAAGAGGUCAACUACCUGCGCCGCGUUUUUAACGAGUUACAAUUAUCUAAGGUCAAAAGGGUGUACGUAGAUGAAUACGAGUCUGAGGAACCUCCGGCGAAAUUUGCGCGUAGCAACAGUUUUCCGAAUCUCCGAGACUUAACAAUUGGUGGAUACGGGGACUCUAUACCGCAUCCGCGACGACGAGCUAACAGUGAAGUAGUACCAAUGGACGAAGUGACACGUGUGGUAUCCGAGACUGAUCUUCAAAGGAUAGACAAGAAUGCUACAUUUGCCACGCACGCUAUAGUGCAGCCGGCGGAACUCUUAGCGCGCUUGGUGAAUAUUCUUGGUUACAUACCUCCACGGGACGAUUUUGAGUGGGACCAGACCGAAGAACAGACCAACGCUCAGAACGAGAGUAAAUCGAUCGAUCAGAGCCAAGUCAACAAUGUUCCGCGAUGGACAAUCGGUGGUGAAAAGUUUCCGUUCGCCAGGCCUCGAUCUAGGGCGACCAGCGAGAUACGACUGCACACUACGAAGGAUGAUUCUGUUCAACGCAACACCGAAUGGACCUGGUCCGGGGUAGCCUCGACAAAGCUGCAGGAGAUGAUGAAAGAUCGCGACACGACUGUAUCCUCAAAGGACAACAAGCCAUAUAAGAAGUUCGCGUCUCUUGCGUUGCCGAUUACCGCGCCUAAGAAUUUCUUCCCUAGAUGGAGAAAACAAAACAAGAUGCCGUCAGACGUUGGUUCUAAUAUAGACAAAGCUGUCGAAAUAACGAUUGACGAAAACGAAAAGCAGAAUAAUUCGAUCGAUCCGUUACCUUCGUACUUGGACGAGAGACGCGACUCAAUUUCGAGAAAGCCGCACUACUACACGCACACCGGUGGCAAUCUGCCGAAUUAUCUAGAGGGUAACAAUUUGCUGGAAGAGACGAGUCUGGCAGAUUUUCUUAGAGCGUUGACCGCUCUUCAUACACGAGUAGGAACAGUUCCCGACGAAUACGUCGCCAAACCCAAGAGAAAACUGGGAACAGCCUGUUUGACCCCACCGAGAUUACCCAGUCUCUUCACUCUGUUCUCGAAUGCGCCUGGUUCAGUUUCAGCGAAUCAGAGCAAUCAGAACACCGUCACAGGAGCGCAAUCGAGUCGAAGAAUGUCCCUCAAAUUGGCUGAUAAUUCCGGUUCCAGCACACCUACUUCUUAUAUCAGAAAGGCAAGCGUUCCUAUGAGGCCUAGAUUCUCUUUGAGACCGGUAGCGACCCCAUUGAGUCCUCCGACGCCACCUGAUUAUGGAUCCCCACGAUUGCCGCUACGACUCCCUCAAGGAAUGGAUGAUCAAAAUCAAGAACCCAUCUCAAUGGAAUCCUUCAUUUCCGUGUCGCCGAAGGAGCCGCUCGUGAACAUGGAAAGUCCACCGGGAAUUUCAUCGCCAAUUCAACAGCCGUCCGGUAAGCGUCGUUUCUCUAUAAGACCCGCUCAACUUAGUGCGCAGACGAGUCCAAUGGGCACCAGGUCCACGCCUUCGCCGUUACACACGCCUAAACCGCUGCCGAAAUGGAAAGCGGGUAUGCUUCAGCGACAGAUCACUCAGAUGAAUCUACGUCGUCGCACCAGGACGUGCAGUCUCGGUGACGUUCAUUCCGAUAAACGCGAGAAGACUACUCCACCCCUCAGCCCUCUCGCUAAGGACAAUAUUAAAACUUUUGAUGUUAGCAAACAAGGCAGCUCGAGUCAGAAAACAGUGACUAUCAUGUCACCGGCGGAGGAGAUGACUAUGACCACAAAAAAUGAAUUUCAAGGUUCCAUGGUACUUCCCUCAGGCUUGAGAGAUGAGCAAACUGCACCAUGGAGGGAUCAGGAAGGUGUAAUUUCGUCGAUUAAUCCUUUCGUUUUUGGAAUUUCUAAUGAACCGCCUGCAGCAUUGAAUGAGUCCAUGAUAUUAAGCAUGCAUAGGGAUGGAAAAUAUCCCCAGGAGGAUUCCGUAUUAGUUUAUGAACCAGUUUACAAGCCAUCAUUCUCCUUCGAGCAAAAAUUAAUAAAGUUGAACGACGAAUUGGACAAAACACUUCAAAGAGGAAUGCAAGAGACAAGUGUAGAUUUUAAAGAAGUUCCUAAAAUGGAGAAGAAACAGGAUGACACACACAUAUGUGUAAUUGAUAAUUUAGAUACUUUAACAAGCAGCACAAGUUCCCCAGAGUCGAGAAAGCACAAACCCAGCGUGUCAAUAAACUCGUACAAGCCACCAUUGCAAGAGACGAUAGAAAAGCCGACGAUCAAUCCAUUUGAACAGUACAGAGCUAUGACGAGAGCUGCUGGAAAGGAAGAGGAUGCGGACUUGAAGGAAAUUAAAGUUGAGAAACCUGACAAAUAAAAAGGAAAAUUCAUAAUCGUACUAUACGGAGAGUUUAUCAAUUAAGAAAGAGUAUAAUGUUGUUUAAUUUUAAAAAGCAGAAAAAUUUGACGUCAAGUUUUGUUAACAAAAAUAUCUAAAUAUUUUUUAAAAUUAACAGAUAAACGUCAUUUUUAUAAACAUAAUUGAUAGUUUUGUUAAAAAAAUGACUUUACAUAAAUACAGGAAAAAUGAUUUUUUGUAUUUACUGCAAAAAAUAACUUAUGAAAUCGGAAAUCUUGUCAAUUAAGGAUUUGUAGCUUGCUAUUACGUGUGCAAGAAAUAAUCCUAUCCUACAUAUGUUAGUUUGAAAACUUUUUACUAGUAGUAAUUAACAAAUUCGUGUCUUGUUUCAAAAUGUUAGGUAAUUUAUUAAAAGAAUGUAGAUAGAAAAUAUAAAUUUUAUACAGUAUUUAAUAUGUAAAUUAUAAGGAAAGAUGUAAUUUAACAACAGAGUGACAAGCUUUGUGAAAAGUUUCAUCAAUAUACGUAAAUCCAACUUUUCAAACUAGUCGGAUUUAUAGCAUUUUUCAAGACAAAUGUACAUUUUAUGAAGUAACAUUAAUAUAACGUUAAUGAUAAUUAUUAGAAAUGUAAGUAAAUUAUAAAAUAUGCAUAUUAUUAAGUUUUAAUUUAAACUUAGACAAGACUGUGAUAUAAUAAAUAAAGCAUAUAUUAUGUCUAUCCUCAAUUUCACAAAACUAGUGAAACAAAUUACUUAGAAAACAGAUAUUAGAAAAUAGAUAUUAUAAACAGAUAGUUAGACAAGAAAAUUUUUUGUUAAUAAAUAAUGAAAAGUAAAAAAUUUUCUUUUAAA